CAAGAACCACCAGAUUUUUAUGAACGUGUUUUACAAUCAUUUGAUCGUUUGGCUAUAUAUUUUGAAAGUGUAUGUCGUGAAGAACAAGAUAUACCUGGUCCGCCAUGUGAAGAAAUAACAACAUUUCGACGAAGACUUCAACAAUUUGCAUUAUCAACUGAACAAUUGCAAUUAAUUUACUUUCGAGAAAUAACUCAAACACAUUCUCCUCAUGAACGUCUAACAAAUAAUGGUAUAAUUGUUUUUCGUACUGCAUAUGAAAUCGUCAAUGAACUUAUUACUAUUUAUGUUUAUAUUCUUUCUUGUCGAGAUUUACCAAAAAUGGAUGUUUUUGGUGCAUCAGAUCCAUAUGUUAUUCUUGAAUUAUUACCAUCAACACUUUAUCCAAAACGUCCAAAAGAAGAUAAAACGAAUACAAUAAAACGAACACUUGAUCCAGAAUUUAAUCAAUCAUUUCUAUGGUAUCGUCUUCCAUUAAAUAUUGUACAUACACCUGGUGCUGUUUUACGUCUGAGUGUUUGGGAUGAAGAUAUAGUAAAAGAAGAUGAUUUUAUUGGUGAAUGUUUUAUACCAUUAAUAAGUAUUGAAUCAUUAAAAAAUCGUGCAUCAAUACGUGAUGUUCCUGUAUCAGAAGUACGUUUGAAAAGACAAAAUAAAAAUGCUCAACCAAGAGUAUUUGAAUUGAUUCGAAAUCGUGCAAAAUUUGAUCAAGAAGCAGCUCUCUUUCUUAAACAACGUACUCGUGCAAUGGCAUCAGACAAUGGAAGUGAUAAUGCAUCUGUUAUAAGUGAUGAUAGAAAUUCAUCAGGUUCAUAUGCUAGUACAGCUCUACGUUCAUUACUUUGUAUGCUACCUUUUAACGUUGGUUUUGGUUUUCAUUCAACUACUCAUGAUCGAUCAGAUAUUGAUGAUGAUGAAGAAAUAAUCUAA